AAUACAUUGGCCCGAUAGAGCGGAAAAAACAAAUGCACUUACUCGUAAAAAUUAAUUUGGAAAGUUUAGCACCCUUCAACUCGAAAUUUGUUUAGUUUCGCCUGAACCCAGGUCUGAAGUCCUUCACAACAAGAUGGUCCAGCAGCGGAGCAAGACGACUCGCUCGCUGGCGGUCAGCGAAAAUGGAAGCGUAGGUGGCAGCAGCAAGGACUCUGAUCAGGUCUACUGCGUGGUGCUCCACGUGGCCGAAGCGAUUAACUUUAUGGGUCGCGAGGCCAGCGAACAGCGGGAUCAGAUCUUGAUGAAUGCUGCCCUGAACACCGUGGACUUCGAUGUAGAGGGCUGUCACUCGGCGGCCAACGAGGCCGUGGUCUUUAACAGCAACUGCAUUUGGGAGUGCGAUCUGGCCGGGAUCAAGCGCAUAAAGACUGAUCACCGCCCUGUAAAGCUUACCUUCUCGGCCUGCCGCGGCAGCGGAAAGCUAGAGCGGAAAACCAUUGGCAACCUGCUGCUGCCCCUGCGAGGACUUCCGGUACUUGGUACCACUGGCAGCCACAAUGGCCCCCAUUUGAAGAUGAUUUGGCACAAGCUUAUCUGCAUCAGCAGCGAGUUUCGGUCCCAGAAGCCGGAGGUGCUGCUAGUUCUGGCCAUCAUCAAGAAGUCGAUACUGCACACGAAGGACUUUGACCACAUCAUGCAGUUUUCAGAUCAAAAAGCCCCUCCCACGCCGCCGCUGAAGUCGCCUGGCCACUCGAUUACUGCCAGCAUGCUCCAGUCGCAGGCCAACAUCUAUGUUCAGUCUUUGGUGCAAUUGGGCCUCCUGCAGGUGGGCAACGAUCCGCUAGUGGACUGCGACAUCAUCGAGGUGGUGCUGCAACUAAAGCAGCUAAGGAAAGUGAACCGACUGGUCAAGUGGCUCAACCAGGGCAAGGACCCCAGCUCGGUGGUUGUGAUGUUCGACUUUGUGGGCAACGUGACCAACAUUGAGUUGAAGCUGAAUGACUUGGACUCUUACGCUGUCAACGAUGUCCUGGGGUUGCGCUUCAAGACCUCCCUGCGCAGCAUGCGAAUGUACUUCCAACGCAUCUUUUACCUGCCCUUUAAUAUGUACAUGAACGGAACGGCUAUAGCCAAUUACCGUAUGGACUUCAACAACCUGCUGCCACCGGAUAGCCACUUCGCCAAUCAACUAGAGUAUUCCACCAACGGGUCUUUCUUGUUUAACCGAAUCGGACGACAGGACAGCGCAAGAGAUCCCAAGCCGCCACUGAUGGAGUACACCUUCACUGUGGAAAUCAAGAAUAAACACUUGCCGCAGGAGCAGGUAGAGCCUGAACCAGCGCCUUCGACAUCGAGUGGAGUCAUCAGGGAGUUGCCCACGAAUCGCCAGGAUACGGACGCGAUUUCCCUGUCCCAUGGCCAACAUGAUUUCACCUCCGUGGGCAGCCUAAAUGUGGGCGCAGAGUUGUCGAUCUCUGGGGAAUCCCGCGGCUCUAUUUCUAUUCAGGAGGAUGAAUUUAAUUUUGAUACUUCGAAAGAUAUUUCUAGGAUGCAGAACAAGCGCCGAAAGUUCACUCGAUUGACAGGCGAAGAGCCCAACCUGGAGAGCGAGGAAGAGUCGUGUAUGGACAAGAAGUUUUCCAAGCAGGAGGGUCAAAAGUGUGACCUGAAUUCCAGCGAAGAUAUGCUGGUAGCCAGGGCUUCCAGGAGUUCCAAAUUGCAAUCUGCCUCCGAGGAACCACUGCUGCCCAAGACACUAAAGGUAAAGGCCAAGGUAUCCAAGCUGUCCGUCAAGGAAUCAUCACAGCCAAGAUUAAUGGCUUCCAAAAAUGUGAAGCCUCCUUUGGAGCAGAACGAAUAUGACAACCGUAGUGAAGUUACAUCCUUGCAACAGUUUGAGCUGGAAGAAAGGAUAUUAGCUGAAGAAGAAAAACUAGAAUCUGCGAACAGAACAAGGAUUAAGUCAGGCCAAAGUACCAAAUAUGCCAAACUCCAAGUGGAGGAAGAUGAAUUUAGUGAAGCGACAUCAUUGCAACAGUUUGAGCCGGAAGAAAAGAGACUUGCAGAGGAAUCUAAUCGAAUGCAAAGGACUAAAAAGGUUAGCAAAGGACCAAAGGCAAUGGAACUUCAUGAAUCAUCUUCAGGGGAAGGCAUUCCUGAGACAAAGGUGCGUAAGAAAUAUGUGAAGAAGGUCUCACAAACGAAACUCAAGGAGGAGAUUGGCUUACCUCAGGCAAGUCCUGUUACCUGUAUAAGUCAAGAAACCUUUGACAUGCCUGAGGAGAGCAUGGAUAACGAUCACUUCCCUUCUGAGGAGAUACCGUCCACGAAAAACAAGUUGUGCAAAAAAGCAAAGACCAUAAAGAUUGUUAAAAAACAGGCAAACGUUGAAUCAGUUGAGUUAGCUGACCACAAAGUUCAAUGCAAACGCAAAGUGAAGUCCAAGACAGUGGUGCAUGAAGAUCUGACAGAUAUUUCUAUGAGUACACAGGAUGGUCUUGGGAUAGCGAAGCCCGAUCUGGCACUGCGAGCCCGCUGGGUUGAAGUGAAUAAGGUGCAGUCGGCAGCCUUGGAGGAGACUGAAUUGUUUCUGGAGGAGACCUGUCAGAACGAGCUGCACGAAAUUCUCUACGAGGAUCAGCUUGCUCUCGGCCUGGCAAGGCCUCCAAGCUCCAAUAAUAAGCUUCGAACUGAUGUAGAAACCGAGGUUAUGAGUCAGUCCCAAGGAAAUCGGUUAAAGAAAAAGAAAAGAAUUUUGGCGGCAAGCGAACACUUACUUCAUGAAGAAUUCAAGAGCUCCGAAGAAUGUAUCACCCUACCGGAAGCGACUUUACGUUCCGAAGAAGUGAGCAUUCCUGAAACUAAGCAGCGGCAGGUGCGUGUCCUGAAAAAGAAGAAACCUAAGCAAACUAUUGUCGAAGAAGAGCCAUCGGUGGAACUCAACGAUAGCCUAGAGGAGCCAGCAGUCAAACCCAUCAAAAGAAAAGUUAUCAGGAAAAAGUCAUCGGUCAUUAUAAAAAAUAAUGAGCUACUGGAAAAUGUAGAGCCAGAACAAGAAAUUGUUACUGUUCAAAAAAAGAAAAUAAUUAAGAGAUCCAAGCCAGUGACAGACAUGCCAUCGGAGGAUGAUGUCAAAGUAACCAAGAAGGUGUCCUCCAGGAGUUCCGUGAAAUCGAUUAAUUCACGUAAAACCACAAUGGAUUUGCCCUCCUUGGAUGAUUUUGACAUGGAUCACUCCGCGGACACAGAGACAGUUGGCCAGCGGAUCAGGUCCUGGCGGAGACAGCAAAUCGAAAGAUUUGAAGAGGAGCUAGCUCGCAAGGAGGAACAUUACAAGGCCCAGUUGGAGCAGAUGGAAUACCAAGAACUCAAGAUACUUCAGCCAAACCAUAAGGAUCCCGCCGAGGAUGAUAUUCAAGCUGACAAUAGUGUGGAUUACCAGGCCAAGUUCAACGAGCUGGAGCAGCACAUCUUACAGCUAAAAGCGGAAAUGGAACAGCAGGUAAUGCUCUUUGAGAGUCGCAGCUGGGAGCUACGGCAGGAAAACCUGCAGCUGGCCAACGAGAAGUUAGAGCUAAAGGCCCGCAUUGUGAACAUGGAGGAGCAGCUCACUCAACUCCGGACUCAGGGCUCCGAGGAGGCGGAUCUCAAGGAGGUCAUUGGGGAGCUGCGUUCCCAGAACAACCGGUACUUGAAUGUAGCCCGACUGAAGGAUCGGUACAAGAAGCAGUGGCGACGCUGUGCCCGGCGGGUGAAUGCCCUCAAGCUGGCCAUGUACGAAAAGAGCGCUGAGAGCCAAAUGGAAGCGAGCACCAUUAACCUAAGGGAAAUCCUAACUAAGGACGCCUUGGCCUUUGAGCAGGAGUACGGAGAAUUCCGCUGCGGUGGCACAUCUGAAAAUGUACCUUUCACUCCGCCAGAAGACGCCCCUGAUGUGUCAUUUAUAUCUACCUCCCAGUCCCUUUCCCAGUCCAUAGCCGAGACUAUCUCUAAGUCUAUCUUUCAAUCUAGCAUUGAGUCUGACUCCCAACUUGGUUCCCAGUUUAGCUCCCAAUCUGGCUCCCAAUCUAGCUCCCAGUUUGGCUCCCAGACCAUUCCCCAGAAUGACUAGCUCCUACCUCUUAGAUUUUACCAAAUUAACUGUGACCAUUUUGUACUGUUUAUUUGUUUAUUUUGUUCGUUUUAUGAUCUGAAAACUAGAAAUGUUAAAAACCUAA